AUGAGCCAACCAAUAUCUCAUCAAUAAUACCAAGAUCUUAACUCUAGUACGUAGAGCUCUGAAGGAGAAGAUUAUAUCCCAAAAAGAAUAGUUUCCAAGUUGAACACAAGAAAAGUUCACAAAAUACCUAUUGAACAAUAGAAAUAGUUAUUUAAAUAGGUAUUUUAAGAAGGAAAAUAGAUAAAAGAGGUAAUUUAUAUCUUUGUAAGCUUUAGGUUGCGAAAGCUUUGGAUCUCAAUUAUUCUAGUGCUAAAUCUCUAAUUCAUUAUUACAAAAACAAUAAACGCUCUAUUCCAGUUGUUAUUCUUGAUCUACUUAAUACAAAAAAAACAACAGGAUAUAAGGUUUCUAAAACAAUACCUUAAACAAAUAAUCUAAAAAUAGAAGUCAGAGAAAAUAAUAUGCUCAUAAAUUCCUAUAGCUAUUAUGAACAUCUAACAACCAAUACUUGA